UCGGCUUUAAGAAGAAAUAAAUUCCGUUCUUUAGUCGGGGGCUUAUGGGGUGCUCGCCGGGGUGUGAGGGCUGCCCGCAGGUUGUGCCCUGCUGCUGCGUCGCGUGAGAGGCGCUUCCUCGGCUGUGAAGGCGAUGGAGUGCGUGGAAUGGCCUCAGGCUGCGCCAGGGGAGGUUCAGUGACAGUUUGGUUAAGCAAAUUCUCCUGAGGAUAGCCUUCUGUAAUCUCCAGAGAUGGCAGCUGUUGCAGUGCUAGAGGAGGAAUUGCUUUCCAUUGAAAAUGAGCUGCAGGCAGUGGAGAUGCAGAUUCAGGAGCUUCUGGAUAAACAACAGGAACUUAUUCAGAAGAAGACAAUGUUAAAAGGGCUGAUAAAGAAGUCUUCAGGAGACUUGGAGGCAGGGGGAAGUAAAGAAACUGAAACCUCAGCUGAAGCGUGGAACAAAAGAGAUUUUCCAUGGUAUGAGAAGAUAAAAACUGCAUUGCAGAGCAAGUUUAAACUCCAGAAGUUCAGGACCUUGCAACUUGAAACAGUAAAUGCUGUAAUGUCAGGAAAGGAUGUAUUUCUUGUCAUGCCUACAGGUGGUGGAAAGAGCCUUUGUUAUCAGUUACCGGCUGUCUGUUCUGAUGGUUUCACACUCGUGAUAUGUCCUUUGAUAUCACUUAUGGAAGAUCAACUCAUGGUUCUUGAACAGCUUGGCAUUUCUGCAACUUUAUUAAAUGCUUCAAGCAGUAAGGAACAUGUGAAGUGGGUUCAUACUGAAAUGCUAAAAAGAAAUUCACAACUGAAGCUCAUUUAUGUGACCCCGGAGAAGAUUGCAAAAAGCAAAAUGUUCAUGUCAAAGCUAGAGAAAGCUUAUCAAGCAGGGUGUCUUGCUCGCAUUGCUGUAGAUGAGGUCCACUGUUGUAGUCAGUGGGGCCAUGACUUCAGGCCUGACUACAAGUCCCUUGGUAUCUUGAAAAGACAGUUUCCCAAUGCUCCCUUGAUUGGGUUAACUGCAACUGCUACAAAUCAUGUUUUAAAGGAUGCUCAGACAAUUUUGCAUGUUCAGAAAUGCAUUACUUUUACGGCGUCUUUCAACCGGCCCAAUCUUUACUAUGAGGUUCGGCAUAAACCUUCAAGUAAUGAAGAUUUCAUCGAGGACAUUGUUAAGGUCAUUAAUGGAAGAUACAAAGGGCUCUCAGGAAUAGUGUACUGCUUUUCUCAGAAGGACUCUGAGCAAGUUACUAUGAGUUUGCAGAAACUGGGAAUCAAGGCAGGGACAUACCAUGCAAAUAUGGAUGCUAAAUAUAAGACCAAAGUUCAUAAAGGAUGGGCAGCAAAUCAAAUCCAGGUUGUAGUGGCAACUGUUGCUUUUGGCAUGGGAAUUGAUAAACCUGAUGUGAGGUUUGUAAUUCAUCAUUCCAUGAGCAAGUCAAUGGAGAACUACUAUCAAGAGAGUGGACGUGCAGGUAGGGAUGACCAAAAAGCUGACUGCAUUUUGUAUUAUGGUUUUGGAGAUAUAUUCAGAAUCAGCUCAAUGGUAGUGAUGGAAAAUGUAGGGCAAGAGAAGCUGUACGAUAUGGUGUCUUACUGCCAGAAUGCAAGCAAGUGUCGCCGGGUCCUCAUAGCCCGUCAUUUUGAUGAAGUAUGGGAUUCUGCACACUGCAACAGAAUGUGUGAUAACUGCUGCAGAGAAAACUCACUUGAGAAAAUGGAUAUCACAGAGUACUGCAGGGAUCUAAUCAAGAUACUUGAGCAAGCUGAAAACAUGAGUGAGAAACUCACUCCACUGAAGUUAGUUGAUGCAUGGUCUGGGAAAGGUGUAUCAAAAUUAAGGGUGGCUGAAGUUAUUCCACCAAAGCUCCCUCGAGAGGAAAUGGAGAGAAUCAUUGCCCAUUUACUGCUGCAGCAGUAUCUGAAGGAAGACUUCAGCUUCACGGCAUUUGCUACAAUAUCCUACCUGAAGAUAGGACCAAAAGCAGGACUGCUGAAAAAUGAGGCGCACCACAUCACAAUACAAGGGACAACAAACAAGAAAAGUGUUCACAGGAAUAAACCAUCUGAGUCUUCAACUUCAAAAGGAAGUAGUGAAAACGCUCAGACUAUUUCAGAGACUGUCCAAGAUUCAGCAGUGAAGAAGUCACAAGAACGUAAACGGCAUAACUGUGGAUCUAACUUAAAAGCAAAGAAGUUUAAGCUUCAAGCAGGUGGAGAUGACCAGCCAGUAGUUCUUGACUGAGUUGUACAGGUGACAUUUAGGGUCUCAUUCCAUGGACAAUUCAGUGUGUAAGCUCAAUUUGUGUUUUAGUAAUGGUAUUUUUGUGUGCUUUUUAAAUUAAAUUUAAAAUUUAAUUUAAACAAGGAUCUUUAGUGUCCUCAAGUCUAGAAAAAGUCUUGUGGUUAAGGGAAAAUUGCUUGAUAUCAAAAUAGUUGGGUGUAUCUUAUGAUACUGCAAUGACUGCAAACUGUAAGUAAUUACUAUGUUGCUUUUAACUCUUUUGGAAAUCUAGUGUAUAGAAACUACUAUAGUAAAUACUGCAGUCACAUGUUGGAAGGGACUUUCAGAAAUCUGAUCCCAACCUCCUGCUCAAAGUGGGUCCAGUCAGAACAGUGUGCUCUGGGCUGUGUCCAGUAGAGUUUUGACUAUCCCCAUGGUUGGAGAUUUUACAGCCUCUCUCAGAACCUGCUCUGGUGUUUGAGCAGCUUCAUGCCAAAAAAAGAAUAAAAGAAAUUUCUUAGAGCUAAUCAUUAUUUCCUGUAUUGCAGUUUGUCUUUUGCCUCAUGUCCUAUCACUGUGCUCUUCUGAGAAGAGUCUGGCCCCAUUGCUGCUAUGCUCUUCCAUUAGGAAGUUUAAGACAACGAUCCCCUUCCACUUCAGCUUUUUUUCUCUUCCUACUCUGGAACAAAUCCAGUUAUCUCAGCUUCUCCUCCCCAAGUCCCUUGAAAGCUUUGCAGCCCUCUGCUGGAGUCAAUAGUGUGUAUUAAUUUCUUUUAGGGUUCAUAAUAUGCAAUAUGUUUACCCAGUCUAUAUAGUCAUUAGUCCAUUUCUCAUUUCUAGCAAUGAGAAAAUUAUGAGAGAGCAUGUCAAGAGACUUGCUGAAGUCAAGGUAUCCCUCAAAAAUUACUAUCCCCAUAUUUGCAUGGGCAGUUAGCUCAGUCAGUUGGGCUGAUCAGCAUGGUUUGCUAAGGUAAUGCUGACUGGCGAAUUCCAGAGAUCCUCCUUUUUGAAGACAGGAGGGAUGUUUGCAAGGAGGGAGGCAGAAAAACUGAAUUCCAUGUUGAAUGGUCUCUGGGCAUAAAGUUGAACGUCGGAAGACCUUGAUGUAGUAGGUGCAAAGGGACAGAAGAUAAAAAUAAUUGUUGAGUUAUUCUUACCUUGAUAAAUUUGGAAAAAAAAAAAAAA